AUGGCUCAGCCCAUCCCCGAAGAUUCCAUUCGAGAAAGGAACAUCAUUGGCGGUAUUCAGAUGCAAGUCUGGUACAGGGACGGCAAAAAUGAAUUGUCCAUAUCUGUCUUGGCAGCCAACGGCUUGCAGAUGAGAAACGACGCUGAUUAUGGUUCACUACCCGAAGCAUAUUUGCAGAUAAAACUUCUUCCAUUCACCGUGGAGACAAAUAUUGUAAGGACCGAAGUCGCAGAACCCGUCACUGAUCCUAUAUGGAAUACCACACUUGAAAUGCCAAAUGUUCGUUCUGAGACACUAAUCGAAAAGCAAAUGGAAGUCAUACUUUACGAUUAA